AUGGAACAACCAAAUAAUCACGACCUUGCCCAUUUCAAUUCCUCUGAACAUAGAACCGUCGAUAAUGGUCCCGACUCGCAAGUUUUCAUGGCUGAUUCUUCAGGCCAUGCGAACGUGAGCGCGAAGCCGCCUGAGAUCACUUUUUCAGAAGCUAAACCGGUGCUUAAUUACUCCAUACAGACUGGCGAGGAAUUCUCACUCGAGUUCAUGCGUGACAGGUUCAAUCCGAGGAAGCUCUUACCAGAAACAUACAGUGACACCUCUCAAGCUCCUGGUUACUUGCAGCUAAAGGGCAUUUUGGGAAUAGGCCACACGGGGUCUGAAAGCGGUUCCGAUAUCUCCAUGAUUGCCCCUGUGGCAAAAGAAUCGAAAGAACUCUCACAAAAGAAUCCAUCUGCAAAUGGGGACAUUGUUAAUAAUAACCAUGGCUCUCUCCAUUCAAUGCAGGCCUUCCCAUGUGCUCCACUUAUACACACCUCGUCCGGAGCUUCCGACAGCUCAUCAACAAAGCUUAAGAUAUUAUGCAGCUUUGGUGGAAAGAUUCUGCCUCGGCCAAGUGAUGGGAAACUCAGAUAUGUCGGUGGGGAAACUCGCAUAAUCCGGAUAAACAGGGAUAUUACAUGGAAAGAGCUGUGGCAGAAAACAAAGGCAAUUUAUGAAGAGACGUGCGCUGUGAAAUAUCAGCUCCCUGGGGAGGAUCUUGAUGCCUUGGUAACCAUAUCGAGCGACGAGGAUAUACUGAACAUGAUGGAGGAGUGUAAUGUUCUACAAGAUGGAGAAUGGUUGAGAAAGCUCCGGAUGUUUCUGUUCUCUCCCGAGGAUUUAGACGAAACCAAUUUCAGUCUAACCAAUGGCGAUAACAAUUCGGACUUGAAAUACGUAGUGGCUGUCAAUGGCAUUGGCUUCGGGUCCCGAAAGGGCUCUGGUUUACAUGGUCCCGUAAGUUCAUCUGGAAACAAUCUAGACAAGUUGGACACGCAGAAUAUUUUUAAGAGGGAGAUGAGUAGGGCUGACGAUCUCCAGCUUGCUGGGGGUGGUAGCUCGAAUUUAGCAGGUUUUCUUGUCCCCCCGAUAGCAGCAGGACCUUCUCCACCGACUAUGCCUAUUUCUUCUGGAGUUUAUGGCGCUAAUUUGCGGUACUAUGAUGGUCAUUCUGUGCAAUACGAACAACAAAGGCAGCAACCUCCACAGUUUGACUACAACCUUCACUCUCCGUAUUAUGCACCUACUGACAUCAAUCUGCCACAAUCUUCCCAAGUGCCUGUUCCUGAACAAAAUGGUCUUGAAGGGAUGUCUCUUGACACCUCAGGCACACUUGACAAGGACGUGAAAGAAAAAGACGCUACACUGGAAGCCAACGGCUUGAUUAAAUCAGAGAGUGAGAAUCAGCAAAUAUUUGUUAACGAACAAUUUGUUCCGUCACUGGCGCACAGUGAUAGUGCUCCGGCUAGUCUGCCUGUUGAGGAGCCAUCAUGCAUGGUCUCUAAACUGGAGAGAGAAUUAUCUUCAAAGAAUUUAAACGGCAAGGGGAGACCCGAGGAACCUUUGCUCGUCCCUAAGUCACUCGAUGCUGUUCCUCCAUCGUCUAGUGGCAAUGGGUAUGUUCCCUUGGGUAAUAAUGCCCCUGUCCCUGCACCCACCAAUUCGGAGUCUGAUCCUACUGAUUUGAGCUACUUUGGGUCUUCUUUUCCUCCACAGAGGGUUUUCCGUUCUGUGUGGAUUCCCCGGGAGCAGGGGGAGUCUCUCAGCAGAAUAUCAAAAUCGGAUGAUACACACAGUUCUCAGUUUCUGGUUAAUCAGUCGAAUAAUGAUGAUUCCCAGAAGGCUUUGUUUGCAGUGUCUGUUGAUAAACCGCAGAACGUGCAUUUGAAUAUUCCUACUGAACAGCAACAUUCUACAGAAGGGGCUAUCCCUCAAGAACCCGAAAGUGUCAUUAUUGGCCUUUCUAAGAAUCAGAAGCUGAAGCAGAUGAACCCAGUUGAAGCUAUAGAUAUUCUAAAGGCAGAGACAGAGCCUGUGUUGAAGCUUCCUGAUGUCAGCCUUGAGAAUAUAGUGAAAGACUCUGAAGAUUCUACUAUUCGGUGGGUUGAAGGGGCAACACAGGCCAUUAAUAAUGAUGCUCAACCGUCAACGUGGAGCGAAAAUCACGAAGAGUCUAGUGUUGGUGUUCCCGUGGCCAAGCAGGGAGACAUUCUUAUCGAUAUCAAUGAUCGGUUCCCUCGCGACCUUCUUUCUGAAAUAUUCACGAAGGCCAUUCUAUCUGACAGUUCAUCUGAUUUUGGUGUUCUACAAAAGGAUGGGCCUGGUUUGAGUGUUAACAUAGAGAACCAUGAUCCCAAACACUGGUCCUUUUUUCAGAGACUAGCCGGGGAUGAGUUCACGAGAAGGGAUGUUUCUCUUAUUGAUCAAGACCAAAUUGUGUUUCCAUCUGGACUUACGGAAGUCAAGGAAGAGGCACCUCUAGCAUACGACUUUGUACCACAGGCGACAGAUGGAAUUCUUCCAGAUCACAGGGGAGUUCAGGAGAAAUUCAGGGAAGAUUAUCAGAAAGAAAUGCUUGCCAGUGAUGGCGCUGUCUCUUCAGUUCAUCUCGAUUAUGAUUCAUCACUGGUGCAAGUCAGUGAAGCAAUGAAAUAUGAUGAUUUGAUGGAAAAUACGAGAAAUCGUGACUCUGGAUACGAGGAUGGAUUUGGAAAUAUUGACUUGCCUUCUCUAGAUCGUUCUUUGGUGGAUAUUGAUCUCACCUCACUGCAGAUAAUAAAGAAUGCGGAUCUUGAGGAACUGAGGGAGCUUGGAUCCGGUACGUUUGGGACUGUUUAUCAUGGGAAAUGGAGGGGUUCAGAUGUAGCAAUCAAGCGAAUAAAGAAGAGUUGCUUCACUGGUCGUCAAUCGGAGCAAGAGAGACAGACCAUGGAAUUUUGGAGGGAAGCUGAAAUUCUCUCCAAGCUUCACCACCCAAAUGUGGUUGCUUUGUAUGGUGUAGUACAAGAUAGCCCUGGAAAUACAUUGGCUACUGUGACAGAAUACAUGGUUGAUGGCUCUUUAAGACACGUUUUACUGCGGAAGGACAGGCAUCUUGAUCGCCGGAAGAGACUCAUAAUUGCCAUGGAUGCAGCUUUUGGUAUGGAAUAUUUGCACUCGAAGAACAUAGUACAUUUUGAUCUGAAAUGCGACAAUUUGUUAGUUAACUUGAAAGAUCCUUCGAGACCUAUAUGCAAGGUUGGAGAUUUUGGAUUAUCGAAAAUAAAACGUAACACCUUGGUUUCGGGUGGAGUUAGAGGAACACUUCCAUGGAUGGCCCCUGAGCUUCUGAAUGGAAGUAGCAAUAAAGUUUCUGAGAAGGUUGAUGUCUUUUCAUUUGGUAUCGUCUUAUGGGAGAUUCUCACUGGGGAGGAGCCUUAUGCCAGCAUGCAUUAUGGUGCAAUCAUAGGAGGCAUCGUCAACAACACGUUGAGGCCUAAAAUUCCGAGCUACUGUGAUGCCGAGUGGAGGGCAUUAAUGGAACAGUGUUGGGCUCCAAAUCCUGCUCUAAGGCCAUCUUUUACAGAAAUAGCGGGUCGAUUACGUGUGAUGUCUGCACCGGCCCAGAUAAAGAAAUCGGCUACAUAG